UUACCCAUGUGGAUGUUGCAAACUGUCAACAUUGCGUCGCCAUCAGCACUCAGAGGAAAAGACACCUCUUUGCUUAACUAAUCAUAUUCACUCGAAUUUCGUGGAAACUAAGCCUCCUACGCGAAUCAACAAUGAAGGUUGUCGGAUCUACCUGCGCCCUGAAGAGCAAAGUCAGCGGUGAAGACAUGGUGCGCUGCCUGUCUGAACAAAGCUUGACCAUCGCUAAAUGCAAGAUUCCGCUGCUGGAUGAGCAAAUGACCGCCUUCCUACAGGACAUGAACAGUUGCUACAGCAAGCUGAAGGAGCUUGUCCCUACCUUGCCUACCAACAAGAAGGCAAGCAAAGUUGAGAUCCUGCAGCACGUCAUUGACUAUAUCUGGGACUUGCAGGUCGAGCUGGACGAGCCGGAGAAGAGCCGCCAACUCACGGGCGCCAUCACUCGCACGCCGCUGACCACUCUGAAUGCAGAGCUCGCCAGCAUUGCAGUAGAGAACGGCUGCUCAGACGACAGAAUCAUGUGCCGCUAAGAGCUCACGGAGAUUCGCACCAUCACAGCGAACAACGCAAAGAACGAACAAGGCUACCUGAUGUGUUCGAACACAUCAUUAAAAAAAAACCUUGAACUGAGUAGGGACGUUUCAUACUCCCAGUGGUAGAACAAUACAUGUUUGGACAUCCUUCUGCGAUGAGGAUCCGUCACUCAGUGCUCUCGAUUUAUCCGAGGGCCAUGAGAGAAGAUGACCGGUGGUGUCCAGCUAUAGACUGGGUUAGCCGGGGGACCAAGACAAGUUCAGUGCAACUUGCAUCGCUCGUUGCUUGUAGAGUUUUAAAAGAAAGCUAAUUUCUGUUACGCUUUGUAUCUUAUGUACAUCAUAUAGAGAAUUCAUUGUUUUGUAAAAAAAAAAGUAAAUUUCUCAGAUUCCUGAGCGACAAAAUGUAUUGUAUAUUACAAUGCCACAUUAUGUGAAGAGAUUGUUUUCUUACAAUGUACCUUAUUGGUGUUUUUAUUAAAACAAGACAAUUAUUUUUGAACAAGA